CUCAGACUUUCUCUUGCCUUGUGACAUAUUUUAUCAUCGCGAAUGACGCGACGAACAACGUCUUCUGACGAUGCAAAGGAAGAACGGUUCGAUGUUCUACGAACAAAUAUCUUCGGCACUAAUCACCAAGUUCCGAAAUGGGUUCCAGUGACAUUGCUAGCCUUUUCGUCUGUAGCCCUUGUAGCACCAAUAGUCAUGCUACGAUGGUAUAGGCGCGGUGUUGUUCCUCAGAAUCUUCAGGAAGCUACUGCGCCUCCUCGGAGGGGCCGAGGACAAUCAACCCUGCCUCUCCCUUCACAUUCUCCCCCAAUACGAUUCCGACGGGCCUCACAACCAGUCCCGAGGGAGGUUCAAGCUCAUCCUUCGCCUCCGAAAGUACCCGUAUCGAACAAAGACGAUGUUGAACAAUUUUUCAACAGUCCUCUGUACACCCUCAAAGCAUUCGGUAUUGCCACUGCUAUUGUGACACUGGGCGCGACAGCUUCUAUCUGGGGAGUAAUGAAAGCUCUCGAUGCGCGUGAUACCAACGAGUUUGCGGAACGUCUGCGCCAUGCAGUGCUGACCAAAUUACCCGUACUCUCAUACCGAAUAUAUCGUCCAGCUGAAACUCGCCAAGACGGUAAUGAUUCCGCACUGACGGAAAACCCUGCUUCUGAACCUGUAGAAUGGAAUUGGCAUGAAGCAGAGAACCGCCUUAGGGAAGCAUUUGACAAGGGGGGGUUUCAUAGCUGGGCAUCAGCUGCUCUAAUAGAGGUGGAAGCAGAAGCCACGGUCGAAAGAGCAAAAAGGGGUAUCACUCAAUCCCAGGAGAAGCCAACUAGUUGAUAAUAGCAGAUCUUACUUCGCGGC